UACAAAAACUGUCUGUGGUACCGGCACAAAGGAGAUCCAGAGCUGUCUGAGCGUGAUGUGUGCUGAGUCAAAGCUCUUGAGGCUGUCAGAGGGAGAGACAAACUGAGGAAACACAGAGAGAGAGAGAGAGAGAAGUAGAAACUGAGUGACUCAGUCAUUGAGUAAAAGAAAAGGAUAGAGAAAGAGAGAGAGAGAGAGGAUACAGACCCUGGGGACAAACACACACAUUGUUACACACGGACAGAGAGAGCACGAGCUCCACUCCAGCUUCAGUUGCGCUCCUGAGAAGAAGUCUGGUGGUUUGUGUGCAGGACCUUAGUGAAAGGUGUAAAGCUAACAACUUUGCUGCUUUGGGACUGAAAAGGACAAAAACACAGGACUGAGUUUUGACAAAGAGAAAGGAUUUUGCCAUGAGGACAUCUCUCUAACGGAUAUGAGUGUGGAUAUUUCAUCUUAACUUCUGUGGAGUAAGCAGCUUGCGGCGGUGGAGGACUUCUUCUGUGAAAAGAGACACAUAUAAGUGACUGACUUAUCUGAGUAAGUACUCUCAGCCUGCAACUUGUUGGGGUUCAGCCUGGUCGGAGACAGAGCAGGGGGAGGGGAGGACACUCCGGCCUGGAUCUCUGUCCUCUGGGAGGGGUCCUUUCAACAUGAGGUAAACCCCAACUGACUACAGCAAGCAAAGGGAUGAAAUCAUGUCAGCCAUGUGCAGCAGUUCUUUCUUACAUGGACAGUUGUGUUUUAAAGAAACCUUUCUUCCUAUGACCUGAAUUGCUUGCUCAGGACUGUCUCUGAUUAACUCUCCACAUAUGCUGAAUUAAUUGCUCUGGGAAGCCCUUUUAUCAUCAAGAUUUUACACAAAAGACCUCCUCAUCCCGCCACUCUUUGUCUCUCAGAAUGCAAAACAACACCCUCCUGACUGACGCAGAAAACAACUCCAACUGCACCAAGAACGAUGGGUUCAAGUACCCGCUGUACAGUACUGUGUUCAGUAUUGUGUUUGUGGUGGGACUCAUCACCAACGUUGUGGCCAUCUACAUAUUCACCUGCUCUCUGAAGCUGAGGAAUGAAACCACCACCUACAUGAUGAACCUGGUGGUGUCUGACCUGCUGUUUGUCUUCACCCUGCCUCUGAGGGUCUUCUACUUCAUCAACCAGAGCUGGCCUUUCGGGAGCGUGCUCUGCAAGUUCUCCGUCUCGCUCUUCUACACCAACAUGUACGGCAGCAUUCUCUUCCUCACCUGCAUCAGCGUGGACCGUUUUUUAGCCAUCGUGCACCCUUUCCGCUCGAGGGCGAUCAGGACCAAGAGAAACGCGAAGAUAGUGUGUAUUGCUGUCUGGGUGCUGGUGCUCUCGGGGAGUCUGCCCACAGGGUUCAUGUUAGAGACCACUUCACGUAGCAACAAUGACUCCAAUUCCACUUUCUGCUUCGAGAACUUCUCCUCCAAGCAGUGGAAAUCUCACCUGUCCAAGGUGGUGAUCUUCAUAGAGACAGUGGGCUUCAUCAUCCCUCUUCUACUCAACGUUUGUUGCUCCAUCAUGGUGCUUCAGACCCUGCGUAGCCCCCAGACCAUCAGUCGAGGGGGGAAGCUGAACAAGACAAAGAUUUUGCGAAUGAUAAUUGUGCACCUCUGUAUUUUUUGUUUUUGCUUCAUCCCCUACAAUGUAAACUUGAUUUUCUACUCUCUGGUCCGCACCAAAACUUUAAAAGGAUGCUUUGCGGAGUCAGUGGUCCGAACCAUCUACCCAAUAGCCCUCUGCAUUGCCGUAUCCAACUGCUGCUUUGAUCCCAUUAUUUACUACUUCACCUCAGAGACCAUCCAGAACUCCAUCAAGAGGAAGUCUCAGGUCAGCCGUUUGUAUGACGUCAAGUUCUCCGAGGCCCUGCAGUCAGAAACCAGCUCCAACCUGCACUGCAGCCUGAAGAAUAUCAAAGCUAAAGUCUUCCACAAUGAGUCCUCAGUGUGACACUCAACAUCAAAGAUAUUGAAAUCCUUCCAUAGAAAAAAACAAACCUCCUUGAGACAAUGGGAAUGGAUUUUCUUGGAGUGCUUUCUGAAGCACCUGCCAAAGAAGUAUUAUCUUCAUCUCAGGGCGAAUGUUUGGGCCUGCCGAUGACAGCCUGGGCUCUGCAGUAUUAAUGCUACAUGACCCUUUGUUCACAUCUGUGGAUCUGUUAUAACUACUUACUAAUUUCCCUUUCCUGUGGAAUAUACUGUAAUUGUGUUAAGCACAAUUACUCCGUCAGUGACCUGGAAGGGAAUGUGAUCACUGAACAGCAGGACAUCUGUGAUAUAUUGAAUGCAACAUGUGUCUGUGUAUCUGUACAUUUCCGCGGUAAGUUUUGGUGCUAACUUUAGAAUAUUAUCUAUUAAAUUAACAUAAAGUUAUAUCAAGCUUUUCACUGUACAGGGCUCUGUUUUUUUUAAUUGUUUUUAAUUUUGACUCACAUAUAGGUCACAGAAGUGUCUCUUUUGUUGCUGUGGCAUUUCUUUAGACUCAUUGUCUUCAUUGACCAUUGAAUGCACUGACAGACUUUAACUUACUGCACUCGUGAUACAGUAAUGAAUAAAAGUCAUGUACUGUCUAAAACAAACAA